ACCGCCUACGUCGUACUACUCACUUCGUCAAAGUGAAAUCAACUUUAUUCCAAUGUAAUAGUGGUGGUUUUUGAGUAGGCGCAUAAUUACCACUAUUAAGAAUUAGGCAAUGGAUAAUUCUACAGGGAACAUUGGGCCUAUGGCCUACGCGUUUCAGAUGGUCGAAGAAGAAACUAAAGAGAACAUUCUAGGCUACAACUACCCAGAAGAAUACCAGUUCAUGGUGCAAGACCACUGGAGGAGCUACCCGGCCAUCAACAAGUACUGGCAUUACAGUCUGGCACUCAUCUACACUAUUCUCUUCAUUGCCAGCAUCACUGGCAAUGGCAUCGUUAUAUGGAUUUUUAGCACGUCCAAAGCCCUGCGUAGCCCCAGCAAUAUGUUCGUGAUCAACCUGGCGGUGUUUGACGUGAUGAUGAUGCUGGAGAUGCCGAUCUUCGUGUUAAACUCGUACCACCACCACAUCAUCGGGUACCAGGCGGUGUGUAACGUGUACGCGAUCCUCGGCUCUAUAUCAGGCUUCGGGGGCGCCAUCACGAAUGCGGUAAUCGCGUACGAUAGAUACAAAACCAUCUCAUGUCCCCUCGACGGUCGUGUGACGAAGUCGCAGGCGCUGGCGCUGAUAGUGAUGACGUGGGUGUGGUCGCUGCCCUUCACUAUACUACCCGCCAUCCAAGUGUGGGGCAAGUUCGUGCCAGAGGGUUUCCUGACGACGUGCUCCUUCGACUACCUGACCGAGGACUAUGCCACGCGGAUGUUCGUGCUGGUGUGCUGCAUAUGGAACUACUUCCUCCCAGUCUUCAUACUGUGCUACUACUACGCGCUGCUGUUUGGCGCUGUCCGCACUCACGAGAAGAUGCUUCGCGAGCAGGCCAAGAAGAUGAACGUCAAGUCACUCUCGAACAAGGACGACGGCGGCGCCAGCGUUGAGAUACGGAUAGCCAAGGUCGCGUUUACCAUUUUCUUCCUGUUUGUGUGCGCGUGGACGCCGUACGCCUUCGUCACACUGGUCGGGGCUUUUGGUGACAGGAGUAUUCUGACGCCGGUGGCGACGAUGGUGCCGGCGGUGUGCGCCAAGACCGUCUCCUGCAUCGACCCAUGGGUGUACGCCAUUAACCAUCCCAAGUACCGGGCGGAGCUAACGAAGCGUCUCCCGUGGCUUGGAGUCCGGGAGAAGGUCCCCGACACCGCGUCCAGCUCGAGCACAGCCACCUCGCAAACACAACACCCUACCGCUGAAGCAUAGACCGUUCUAGAUAAACAUGACCAAAGCCCCUAGCCAACACGUUUUAUUAUUAUUAAUAAUUUCUUUAUAGAAUCGCCGAUCUAAAUGUAUGGAAUCAUGACAUGAGUCGAAUAUCGACUUCAUAUUGUCGAAUGCUUAUGCCAAUUCCGUACAUUUUUGUUCUACGAUUAUUAAGAAAGCGAUUAAUAAAACGUGUUGACUAAACGCCAAUCACUCUUUUACAAAGUAACGUUAGAGAUGAUUAGAGCAAGCGCUCGCUUGAGACACGACAGUUUUAGGACAGACCUCUACAAUACGACGACUAAAGAAAAAUCUAAAAAAAAUUUACCUAGUUAAUAGAUCAUACCGUACUCAGUAGAUAAGUAGACACUAAAAAUGCGCUCUUUCAAGGACAAACAGAUAUUAUAGUUUAUAGUUUGAUAUGACGAACAAUUUUAUACGACGCGGCAAGUUAAACGGACUCGAAAUAUUUUUAUAUCUUUUUUUAUAGCUGAAUUAAAAAAUACAAAAAAAAACAACGAUACCGACGACUAAGGCAAAGCAAUAAUGGACAAUGGGCCUCGAUAAAAAUUGUAUUAUACUAUUAACUGCAGAAUAAAUAACAUGAAAAUGUUGA